AUAUUUUGUUAAACAACAGCUCGCAGUGAACAAUAAGGAACUUUUUUCUGUCUCGUUUUCAUACACUGUAAAUAUGAAAUCUGGCAUUUGACUUCGAAGUUCGUGUACAUAACAUUUGAUCCACACGUAGCUCGACAAAAAGACCGAAAUAAAACCCAUUUAUUAUACCACCACCAGCCUGAACGUAUUGACGAACUUGCUGGCACUGCCAGCACCUUACUUCACUGAUACCAGUGACCUGUACCUCCACAGUGGCAAGCUGCCUGAAGAAACCUACAGGACGCCGUGGGUCAGAGAUUUGAUGUGAGUGAGAUGAAGGGAGAUGGGGAGGUGAUACCGAGCUCUAAUCCUGACUCACUGCAAGAUCUAGACCUGGAUGAGCAUGUUUGCCCGUUCAAUGAUGAUCCGUGUCAGGAAUCAUUUUUCAAGUGGACGCGUGACCAGAUGACGUCUGGAAAUAGGAACAAAGAUCUCCUCUUGCCAGAAGAGCUCAUAGUUAUUGACUACCUGCCACAAUUUAGGAGACAUUUACCCACACUGAAAGCCAAACUGUCCAGGCUUAGGACCCUUCCUGUGGCCGACCCUCUGCUAAGCUCAAUGGGGGAUACCAUCUCUGAGGACACCGUAUUCAGGCAUUGUGCAUUUUAUCAGAAACCUCCUGAAGUGAACACCAGUGACAUUCAGACGGGUGCAAACAUCGAUGAAGAGUUUGGUAAAGAGUCACUGGUGAAGGAAGAGUCUCUGCUGUUGCCAGUCGUAGUGGACACUGUGAAGCUAAGCCGCGAAAACUGCUCUGCUUUUUUGAGCAUUCGCAGUCGUAUGAAUGUUGCUCCUGAACAUCUGGAUGAGCAACCUUCAGUUCUGGAUGUGCUUCAUAGAGUUUCACAUGCAGAUAAACUUGUCUCGGUGGACAUUUCCCAGUAUGAAAUACCAGAGGAGCCCAACAAGAUGAACGGAGGCCUGAUAGAGUCAGAGUUGGCAGGACGUAUGAUGCUUCCAACCGAAUUGGAGCUGGACGUGACUUUGACGUCGACUCCCAAAACCAGGCAAACCCAAAUCUGUCUGUCCACGUGUGGACUGCAGAAGGAAGAGCUGUCACCGCUCCGCAGACGAUCUUUGGUGUCAGUGAGAGCUCGGAGAAAGAUGGAGGCAGCACUUUGGAAGGCAGAGAAGCAUACAGCCUUUGUGGUGCACUUCCUGUUGGCAGUGCCUCAAAUAUGUGAACCAGCCGUCAGCUUCCAGCCUCUGUCUGAAGCCUUGAAAGUCAUGAAGUUAGAGAAACAGAGCUUUGUCGGUGUUGGUGACGAGCUGCAGGUGAAUUUGUGCAGCAACUGUAUGUUCACAGAGAACAUGAGGUCUGAGCUUCACUCCACUAAGCAGGAAGACAUGGAAGAGUUCAAAAAACUGUCACUUGAACAUGAGGAGCUCGCAGUAGGAUCCAUCCUGAUGAAUCCCACGAACAAAACUGAGUUGCCUCACUCGAAAUCUGAAACUGCUGCGUGUCAUGCUGAAGCUACUACAGACGAAACCUUUCUUCGAAGAGAAACAGUUGCUGAAACGUGCAAGAACACCUUCCUGAUGCACUCUGUCAACACGGACAAUAAGGACGUAAAAUCUGCAAAACCUGCUGCUGCCACCAGAGAUGAAGUUUUAGAUGAGACAUUUUCAGAAAUUGAAGCCGUGUUGUCUGCUCAUAAGAUCGACACAGGUAGAGAUGACUGUAAGACAGAGCAGAGUGCCCACACUCUCGGACUGGCUGUGUCCUCUAGACUGAAUAUCAGGGACAAUCACAGUCAGCUGCUUACGAGACGUCCACCAGAGGAGGACCCAGACCCUCUGUCCAUCUUCAUGAUACUAAGAUCUCAGCAGAGGGCUCCAACACUUGCGACCUUAUCCAACACUGAGCCAGCACCACAGGUGGACCAUCGAACACCUGAGCUGCAGCCUCCUCCGGAGCAGAUGCAAAGUUUAGACAGGACGCCAACGUAUACGAGUGGUGCUGUGUCAGGAAAUGUUACCAGAGAGCAGAAAGCAGCUUUUCAGUCAGCAGUUCAACUCACCAGUCAUCAGGACAGUCAGUCAGUGCCUCUGAACAAACAGGACAGCAGAGUAAUACGAGUCCAAGCUACUGACAGCCAGCAGCGUGCUUACUGUGAGCUGCUGGCCUUCGCUCAGCCACAUUUGAGCUCUGCCAGACAGCUUGGGCUCAACUUCUUGGUCUGGGGGGACUUGAGCUCUCUAGCCCCAGACCAAACGCACUUCCUCCUCAAGCAGCAGGAGAAGGCACUCUGCAGGACACAUGCACAGAGCGCAAAGCUGGUCAAAGAUCAGCAACUGCUUUUCAACCAGACGGCUUUGAUUCAUGUGCUGGUGACAUUCAAAGAGCUGCUGCUGAAGUGCGACCUCAGUACUGCAUUGGCGUACCUGACCCAGGCAGCUACGGUGUGUGCAGAGCAGAAUCUGGAGCAGCUGGUGAAGAGGCUGCAGCUCAUCCUCUACCUCGGUAACAAAAACCAGGAGUCGAACUUCAAACUGCUGGAGCUGCAGCAGCUGCUGGCUGCAUGGCUGCACAGCAAGAAAGGAAAGAACACCACAGAGAAAAUUCUCGUCAUAAUAUCAGCUGACUGUGACAAAAACAGAUCUAUGAUCAUCAAAAGUUUGAGCCAGGUGACCGAUGCUGCUGUAACUGCAGUUUGCCCUGAGGAGAACAAGACAAAGUUGAAUGGUGCCAGAGUCGUCAGCAGCAUGCGCAGCAGUGUGUGUGUGGUGGUGUGUGAGCAGCAUGUAGGCCCGGACUUCCCCUGGAACAGUUUCUCUCUGGUGGUAGAGUACGACCAUCCAGGCCAGUCACCAUGGGCCACAGUCUGCAGAGAGAGGAGCAUCAGUCACCUCACCUUCGACACAAUCAUCUCUGACACUGAGAGGGAAACAGUCUCAUGGUGCUUGGAGGACAAUGUGCCGUAUGUGUUGUUUGUGACGGAGGGGCUUCUCAAGUAUCCACGGCUGGUACAGACACUGGAGUCAGGGUAUAACAUAACUCUGCUGGAGAGGAGUCACUGCCCGUCCUUGCAGAAGGUCGGAGGAACCCAUCACUACUCUGUGAUCACAGUGGAUGAAAGCACCGCUGUUAUCAUUCAGGAAGAGGACGAACUGUGUCAGGGGCGAGCCAGUGAGGUAGUAGCGAUGAGGCUGACUGCUCUCUCUCUGCAAUACAGCUCUUGUUGGCUCAUCCUGCACUGCCCAGACACCCAGGGAGGAGGAUUUUCCAGCGAAGCCUUCAGUCAUUUGGCGCUGGUUUAUUCGUCUCUGGUGCUGUUCCGCAUGAAGUCAGAGGAUCUAAACGUGAAGGUGCUGAUUGUGUCUGAGCUGAUGGAAAUAGCCAAGUGGAUCAGACAGAUCUGCUUCCGCAGCCUGAUGGCUAAUGACAGGGACGCUCUCGACUACCUGGACAGAGACUGGCUGAGUGUGUCUCCCUCAGAGGAGGAAAAGUGUCUGUUGCAGUUCCCAUGUAUCAACCCUCUGGUUAGUCAGCUAAUGCUAAGGAGGGCACCAUCCUUCCGGUGGCUCUUAGGGGUCUCUCUAUCUCAGCUGAAGGAACUGCUGCCUGAGGUGCCACAGAAAGUCCUUGAGAUGUUCAGCGACACCACCUCCCUGUACCCUCAGACCACAGACCCAAACCAGCCAGAGAAUCAGACAGCCAUCACUGAGGCAAACCAACAAGCCAGCCCACCAAACAGCCUAUGGUCCACCACUUCUGCCCUCAAGCACAUGAGCUCUGAACCACAACUAGAACCCCCUUUCAACCCCCAUCAACUAUUCUGUAGUGACCACAACACCAGCUUUCUGUUUAGAGCUAAUCGCACCGUUUGUGAUCCAGACGCGAUGGUGCAGGAUGCCAACAAAGAUUUCACGCUCGACCUGAGUUCUUUCUUUGGCAGCCAAGAUCUUCACCUCCAGAAGAGCAGGGACAACAGUGAUCCAUGGAAAGGGGAUGACAGAGGCAGAGAGGGGGUGAUGUUCUCGGGGUGGAGAGGCAGAUCUGGAGUAACGGGAGGUGUUAUUGAGAGAGGAAAUGAUGAGUGCAUACAGAGGGCCCCAGUUAAGCUUGACAGUCUGUUCAAGCUGGACUCUAUAUUCAGUUACAGCCCCAUCCGGCAGCAGCCAGAGUACAUGUCCACUUACUCUGCAGUCCACAGUGACCUCAUGCAUCACCGCAUUUCCUACUGUGGGAGCCCUCAGAUGGAGGUCAUGCUGUCAGGUCGCAGCCAAAGCAGCAACCACUGCCUCACCAACAGUGUAGAGACGACAGUUUCAGCUAACUAUGGCUCCAAAUGCUGGAUAGGAAAAGAGAGGAAGAGGAGUGGCGAGGAUGCAGGUUUGGUUGGAACAGUGUUGACACCACUGAAGAAAGGGAGGUUAAGCUACGAGAAGGUGCCCGGCAGAAGUGAUGGACAGACGAGGCUUAAAUUAUUUUAGGCUUUGUUGCCUGUUUGGCAGUUAUUAAUUUAAAAAUUCAAGUUUAGCUUCAGAGUUUGUAUUCAAAUUAACUAACUUACGCUUUGAGAUGAUUUGAUUGCAAAAAGUUUACAUUACAAGCUGAGUUUGCUGUUUUUUAUUCUAUAUUUAUGAAUAAUUUUGUCUGUUUAAAACAGCUGGUUGCUGGUGGGAAAAGCAGGUACUUGAAUUAAAGUAAAGCACAAUUGUUGCUAAACAAUUAAUAUGAAUUUUAUCCAGUCAAAUAUUUUAAUAAAAGUCUCAUUUUACUAAUAUUUGAAAAUAUUUUGUGGGUGUUUAUUAUUGUUUGACUUGUUUUUCAUUAAAUCAAACAAUGAACAUCUUGCACCCUGUAACUCCUGUUAUUUAUAACUGGUAAGUUGUAAAUAGGCCUUCAUUGAAGUUGUAAUUGUUGAAAACAUAAAUAAAAUACACUUAAGAAACCUUUUAUGUGCUUACAACUACAUUAUAAUGUUUACAUAAUUUUAUUCUAAGUAAUAAGAGGGGGUGUUUCUAAUUUCUUUUUAGAAAAUAACAUCAAGAUUACAACUGUGUGCACAUUUUAUUUUUGUUUUGUGUUUUCCCCAUACUGGGCAUGCUCAGUAGUGAAAAACAAAUUGUGAUUUAUGGUUGGAGGAGUGGGAUCGGGGGUCUUUCCCAGCUAAACUGAUAAAGCUUCUCAUUUUAACAGCUCCAAUGGUGGGGCUAUUUUUUUUUUCUUUUCUUUUUUUCAUUUAGUGAAGCAAUCCCCUUAUCAUCGUCUCUCAGCAUGUGGAGAGAGUGCUUAUCUUCACGAGCCAGCAGAGUGAAGCCAGCUCCCUUAGGAAUGAUCCCCAGACAAAGACGACCCCUGGGGACAUCGACUCCAAGCCUCCCUGCCUCUGGACAGCCAUAUCCAGCACUGGCUAGCCACCAUCAAUAACCUGCCAGUUUUUUUUAAACAUCUCUCUCUUUCUCUGUCUGUCUCUCUGGCCUCUGCGUUCUAACAAGCAGUGGACAAACAAAGAGACAGACUAAAUGGUUUGUUUUUUAAUGGCGUAGGAACAAAAGCUGUGGUGGUAGGAUGGUCGAAGGAGUCCCCACACGAAGGCUAGGUAAAUAGCAGCGUAAUGGUGCAGUAAUUGCUCCUGACUAUACUUUAGCCCUAGACUGAAUGGGAGGGUAGAUAUAUUGUGGGAAUUAACAGGCUGUUUAAACCGAAGCCACCCUUUUACAUUUUGCUCUGACUGCAGCUGUAAAGGUCACACAGCUUUUAUCUUUAAUCACAGGCAGCAGUUAACUCUGUCACCUGUGUUUCCUCUCCUCUGUAAAUAAGCAGAAAGAGAGGGCCCUGUGAUCCACUGCAUUUCUUUAUCAUUAGAUCUGCCGAUGAAUCUUACAUUAACUCGUUUUGAGGAAUUGACGAUGGGGCUUGCAAGCAGGAGAGCAACUGACACCAUAUUUACUUUAUUAAACUGGGUGCCAACUUUUACUAAUUUUAGAAAAAAUGCAUGGAUUCAUUAAGGGAAACUCAGACAUGUUUCCACUCUUUUGAUCCACCUGCAUACAAAACGAGUUCACAUUAUGUAGUUCAAAUUCUUGAAACUUUGUUUAACCAAAUAACUGUACUUCCUUUUCCCACACAAGAUGGAACAGUCUCAUACAAUUUAUACUUCAUCAUGUCAAAGUGAAAAUACACAACAUAUAUCCUAACAUGUAACUGGUGUGUGACAAAUGCUAUUCUUCAGAUGCAUCUAUCUGUACCUU